AUGGCGAAUUCAAAGCAGAGACUCGCCAAGCGUUCAUCUUCGGCUCCGAUGCCCCAAAAGUUGGCAAAGCAGUCGUCGUCUUCGAUGUCAAGCUACAAUGCUGAGGGUGUCCCCCUGUCAACUGGGAAGCCAGAGUACUUGGAGCUGUCGGAAGACGUGAAGGACUUGCUCGUUAAGCAGAUCUCUUCCGCCGUCGAAGACGUACUGGACAGUAUGAUGCACGAAGGAACCACAGACGCUCACUGGCGCAGCAAGAUGCGCAAGGACGACGUCGAAUACUACGAGGACAGAGAGAGCGUGACCAAAGGACAGUCGCGUUUCUGCUGUGUGAGCUCCACGGACGCUUCUGUUGAGGACGUCAUCAGCCUGUUCCUCGUGUCCGAUACGGACACGUUGCUACAGCGCUGCCGUAUCAUGUAUGACAAUCUCAUGGACGCCAGGAUCUUGAGCGUAUUGGAACAUCCGUCGGAAGAGCAUCCAAUGCGCUCGUCGUACGUCCGCUACACGGCAUUCAAGACACCGGCGUUACUACGCAACCACCGCGACAUGUGUGUCGUCGUGGCCACGGAUGUAAUUCAUCGUCCAGAUGGAUCUACUGUAGGCUACUGCGUGUGGGACUCGCUCAACUUGCCUGAAGUCUCCGAGUUCGACGUUCCUCAAGGAUUCAUCCGUAGUCGAAUGUUCCGUUCGGGAUAUUUCGUCCAGAAUAGCGGGGAUCCCAAUUCCGAGACGAAAGUUGCGUACCUUGUGGGCAUCGAAGCUGGCGGGUUUGCGCCCCGAUUAGCGACGCGGUACGUCAUGCCUCGCUUCGGUGCUGUCCUCAACCGCGUCGUCGGCCACUUGCGACGUAAGCAACUGGAUCCGUCGACGUUUGCAGCUCCGUCCGAGUGGACAGACAAGCAUAAGGCGGAAUUCUGUCAAUGCUGCAGCAAACAUUUCGGUGCUGUCAAACUACUCGACACUCGACGAUACAACUGCGUCGCCUGUGGCGAUGCGAUUUGUCACGCGUGCCACCAUGUUGAAGAGGUAGAAGUGCGUGGCGCCAGGAAUACCACAGUGGGGAUCUGUGUGGGCUGCAAGACAGCGACGCGCAAGCAAUCUCGGAUUUCACGCUGGUCCACGCGUUGGGGCUCAAGCAUGUCCACUGACACGACAGAGUCGUCCACCAGGUCUCUGCCGAUCUAACGCUAAGGUAGUCGUUGCCGAAGCAUGAAUUUAUAUCAAAUACUUUU